AUGCGCAAACGAUUAAAUUUAGAUUUUGUCGAAAUAGAUAAGUCGAUUUUGGGCAUUAAUAGCGUGUAUUCUCACGUAAGCAAAAGGUGUCGUGUACAUUUAAAGUCGUUAGAUAAUAGUUAUUCCGCUAACAUUAAUUGUUUCAUUUUGCCAUCAAUUACUAGCAAUACCCCAGGUCGCGAAUUAAGCAUACGUAAUCUUCAAAUUCCAUCGAAUAUUUGCUUAGCUGACCCUGCAUUUUAUAAGCCUGCCGAUGUAGAUAUUUUAAUCGGGGCCGAUCUCUUUUGGGAUUUGUUAUGGUCACAAAGAAUUAAGUUAGGAAGUAAUACGCCCAUUCUGCAUGAAACCAGGCUAGGGUGGAUAGUUUCUGGUCCAAUUAAUGUUCAUCAUUCUACAUUGAUGUCUAAUGACUUACGAUGCAACUUCGCUAAGACUGAUUUUUAUUUAAAUGGCGAUAAUAAAGACGACAUUCGAAUCGACUUAACGCGGUUUUGGCAGCUGGAGGAAAUAAGUUCCAAGUCAUCUCAUUAUUCACCUGAGGAGAAGUUGUGUGAAGAUCAUUUUGUAAGCAAUACGUCUCGUCUUGAUGAUGGGCGUUUUUGCGUUCGGUUACCUCUCAAAAAAGAUACCGGUCUAUUAGGAGAUUCAUUUAAAAGAGCUACACAUUGCUUGUUCUCCUUAGAGCGUAGAUUAAAGGGUAAGCCUGACAUCAAGCAGAUGUAUUAUGAAUUUAUGUCUGAAUAUCAGUCACUGGGACAUAUGACAAUUUGUGAAAGACCUAAUUUAAGUAGUGGCGCGUAUUUUAUACCCCAUCAUGGCGUACUCCGUGAAAGUAGCACUACGACUAAACUUAGAGUAGUUUUUAAUGCAAGUUGCCCGACGUCGUCAGGUAUUUCGUUUAACGAAAUACAAAUGGUCGGUCCUGUAGUUCAGAACGACUUGACGUCGAUUUUGUUACGUUUUAGGCAACAUAAAUACAUUUUGUCUGCAGAUGUGGAGAAAAUGUACAGGUGCAUAAUCGUUCAUCCUGAUGACAGGCACCUUCAGCAGAUAGUCUGGCGUAACAGUCCUAGUGAGCCUAUACAGACCUUUCAAUUAAAUACUGUUACGUACGGUACGGCGAGUGCACCAUUUCUCGCAACACGCUGCCUGAAACAACUUGGUCUACAGUGCAAAAACAAAGCCAUAGCGGACAUCAUAAUGCAUGAUUUUUAUGUCGAUGAUCUGCUUACGGGUGCUGAUGACUUAGAUGACGUAAAGGCCAUACGUCAAGGGGUUGCCGAAGUAUUGGCAUCUGCUCGUAUGCCAUUGCGAAAGUGGAGAUCGAACGAUCCCGAGUUGCUGUCAGAAAUUGCCAAUACAUCACUUGACCUAAAUAUUGGUUCUCGCGAGCCAGACAAGUUGUUAGGUCUUGGCUGGCAUUCGGAUUCAGAUGAACUCUGCUUUCCAUUGAAUUCACUAGUUCCCGAUGGCAAUACUAAGCGUGAUUUGCUUUCAGUGAUUGCACAAAUCUUUGACCCGCUGGGUCUUUUAGCUCCGUAUGUAAUCACGAUGAAAAUAUUGAUACAAAGGCUUUGGUUAGACAAACUUUCAUGGGAUGAACCACUGUCUCCCGAAAUCAAGAAACGCUGGUAUGGCAUUAUCAAAUCUCUUCCUUUUUUAAAUAACAUUCGUAUUCCACGACUAGUUAUCUGUGAGUCAUACCGAGUGCUGCAACUGCAUAUUUUCACUGACGCUUCUGAGUGCGCAUACGGUGCGUGCAUUUAUGUUCGAAGCGUCAGCGAUAAGGGAGAAGUUAUGGUCCGACUAUUAACGGCUAAGAGCCGUGUAGCACCAAUCAAACCCACAACAAUACCACGAUUAGAACUGUGCGGCGCGUUGGUAGGAGCUCGUCUUUAUGAGAAGGUUGUAAAUUCCCUUCGUGUUAAAGUUGACCAAGUCUACUUUUGGACAGACUCCACGAUUGUUUUGGGGUGGUUGCGAAUGUUGCCUUGCAAACUUCAGCCUUUCGUGCGUAAUCGUGUCGCUGAAAUUUUGGAUAAGGCCAGUGACCAUAAGUGGGGACACGUCCCAACAGAUAGGAACCCAGCAGAUUUAAUAUCUCGUGGUAUAGAUAUCAGUGCUCUGGCACGUCUUAGAUUGUGGUGGUCAGGUCCAGAAUUUUUAAUGUAUGACAUAUCAAAAUGGCCUUCUCAGCCUAAGAAUGUUGAAACAUUGCCGGAAACGCGUCAUGAUAUUAUAUUAACUGCAGUCACUACUCAUCCAAAAAAUAAUGAUUGUUUCAUUGAUUUUAGUCGUUUCUCGAAUUAUUCACGUCUUGUACGUUCCAUGGCUUACGUUUUACGAUUCAUCAUGUCUUGUAAAAGACAGCUUAUUUCUUCGAAUUACUUAACGGAAUUAGAAUUACGAAACGCUUUAAAUAUUAUAAUUUCAAAAUGCCAAUAUGAUUUCUUUCCAGAGUAUAAAUUGCUUCUGAAUAAGCAAAACUUACCUAAGAAAAGCCCACUUCUUAAAUUUAAUGUAUUUUUAGACGAAAAUUAA